AUGGGCUGCGCUUCGUCGUCUCCAGUGGCCAAGCACGGCGGUCCUGUGACGGCAGCCGUCAAGCGAGACCCCGUCUGCACCGAUGUCGAGGUCCCUCAGCCGUGCAUUGAAGAGGAGGAUGAAAGCCGCGACUUGUUGAUGCCGCUUCCCAGCCCGACACUCCUUACUUCCAAGGGCGCCGCUGUCACGGAGGGCAAGAUGGAGAAAGAUGAGGAGCUUCGCAGCGUAGAAGAGGAGGGCUCCGUGUCCAGCGCGGCAGAGAGCCGCGCGCGCUUUACGAUCUCGGGCGUGGACGUGCGGCCAUUCCUCCCAAAAGUGCUCCCUACUUCCACAGUCCUUGGAGCUCUCUGCAUGAUGUGGGUCCAGCUGCCAGCACUUCAUGUCAACGCUCCGACGCAAGCUUUUGUCUUCGACAGAUGCCGGAGUCCGUCGAUGUGGAACAGGGCAUGCCCCGACGCGCUCACAAGUCAUGGCAGUAUCCGCUUCCGAUUCUGCGCCAUGACCAUUAUUGCAAAUGGAUAA